AUGGAGUCGUGCACCACUACAAAGAGUCAGCAGCAUGGCGAAUAUCUCAGUUACCUCCGAAACGUGCAAGAGAAGGGCGUGGAAUACAUGUCGGAUUACGCAAUAUUCGGCCAUCUCACCGCAAAUCUCUCUGCGGGAAGUGAUACAACUGCGAUGGCUUUACGAGCAAUCUUCUAUUUCCUAGUCAAAAACCCACGAACGUACGAGAAACUGAUGCAAGAAAUCGACGCAGCGGACGCAGAGGAGUUCAGCGAGGGACAGCAGUUGGAAUAUCUACAAGCCGUAAUAAAGGAAGCUAUGCGCUUGCACCCAGGUGUCGGCAUGCCACUCGAGCGAGUUGUUCCAGAAGGCGGCGCAACAUUAUGCGGAGAGUUAAUCCCAGGAGGAACAGUUGUCGGGGUCAAUGCAUGGGUUGUUCAUCACAGCAAAGAAGUGUUUGGGUUUGACACCUAUACGUUCCGCCCUGAGCGCUGGCUUGAGGCUAGACCGGAUCAGCUGAGGCUGAUGGAGCAGUCGUCCUUCGCGUUUGGUCAUGGCUCUCGAGCUUGUAUCGGCAAAAACAUUUCCAUGCUGGAGAUCAUAAAGUUAGUACCACAGGUCCUGAGACACUUCAGACUCGAGUGGGCAUCACCCCAGGAAGAGUGGGCAAUUUGUGGCGUAUGGUUUGCUAAGCAGUCUGGUGUUAUCAUGAGAGUUAUCCCAAGGGUAUGA